AUAGAUAAAUCCAAUUUAUGAUUAUGUUUUCGUCAUUUUGAAAUUCCUUGGAAAAAAAAAAUCUGUCAACUUCCUCUUUCAUUCGACGACGCAAGUGGCUAACAGGAAAACGAAAGUGUGAGAAUUGAUGAAAUCCAAUCAUUCCUAAUUCAAGUAUUUUUUAAAUUUGAACGUUGAUAAUUAUUCACAUUCCUUCCAGUUGGUGCUGCAUUCAACUGUAUAAAUAUAAAUAAAUUAUCAAGUAUUAUAGCAGAAAUCAUAACAGAAACAAAUCUAUGAAAAUGCUUAAACUUGAGUAAUAUAGUCUUCUGAAAAAAAAGUAAUUAGGUAUGUACCUGGAAAAAUCUCUCGGGAUUUUUUGAAAGAAAUGAAGAAAAAAACAACACUCUAUUUAAUAUUCAAAAUGUUUGAUCGAUCAUUGUUCUUAACCGUUGAAUUGACUAAAUGAUACGCAGAAAGAUAAAUGCAAAAUGUGAUUUAUAAGUCUAAGACGAUGAGAAAAUAAAGAAGGUCCUCUUAGUGAACGAUGUUACUGAUUUUUCCAAGUUUUUUGCAUUAAAAAACUUGUUAUUAUUGUAUAGUUUGUAUAUUAAUACUCAUAUUACAGUAUUCAAGAAUAAAAUCUAAAGUAGAAGCAUAUAUUGAACAGAAAAACAAAUUGAAGGAUAAAUUAAGAAAAGUUCCUUGAAAUCUUCCCGAAUCAGUGCUGAAGAUAAUUGUUGCAUUGAUUUUUUUAUUUUUAUUUUCUUCAUUUGCAGAUUUAUUCUAUAUUUUUUAUGGUUUCCAAUGGACUAAAAAUAAUAAUCAAUUGACGUAGUUAUGAUUUUAGGACUAGGCAGAGUACCUAUCAGCAACUUAGGUAUUUAAAAAAAUUGGAAUUGCAUUAGAACCAUUUCAUAGUAUUUUUAUAAAGUCUCCUUUAUCAUUUCAUGAAUCAACAUUUAAUUUAUUACAGACACAAGAUAUUUGAUAACAAGUGCAUUCUCAAGCGAAUGAGUUGACUAAUACGCAGAAAUAAUGACUACCCACGACUAAUUCCUCUGAAAAGUUAAACUUUCAUUAAUCCCAGAAUAGUUUAUAUGUAUAUAACUAAAUAAAUAAUUGAAAUAUGGUUAUAUAUAUUUGAAGGAUUCAAUAGUAACGAAGAAAACUUAACAUUAGGAUAACUAGUUGAUAAACAGCGAUACGAAAUUAACAAAUAGGCUCAAUUAUUUAAAUAUGUAUAUAGGAGGAGAAUAAAAAUAAAGAAACAGUAAUUACAAAAUUUAAUUGUCUUGCUAUUUGUUGAAGUUUAAAUUCGCCCAAAAUUGAUGAUUACGAUUCAGUUAGUAAUUCCGCCUGAAAUGACAAUAAUCCCGCCAUCUUUCACCGCAUCGCUGCACUAAACCUGCCGACUGAUAAAUCAUUGCCUGCAUUUCCUGAAGAUAUCUCGAAGACAUUGGACGUCUGGACGAACGAUCUAAAUAUUUCUCGCCAUGUAAAUCUUUAUAAUGUGAUUCUGUUGAUGAAUAAAAUGCUGAAAUUACAAUUGCAUUAAUACAAGUGCAUUUUCCAUUAAAAUCAAGACAAUGGGACCUCCUAAACGAGUGAAGAAAGACGGUUCAUCCAAAAAAUUUCCAGAUCGAGGUAAAUGGAAAAAAAGAAAGGAAGAAGACGAGUACAACGAGGAUGAUUUCGGCGAUGGACUGGAGACUGAGGGUAUCCCAGAUGCGGCGAAGAAUGACGCUGAGAAAUUGGAUGAAAAUGCCCUGGAGGAUGAGUUCGGUGCCAAAGACUACAGAUCCCAGAUGAUAUUGAAGCCAGAUAAUACCUCGAGACCCCUCUGGGUGGCUCCAAACGGCCACAUAUUCCUGGAGUCAUUCUCCCCAGUUUACAAACAUGCCCACGACUUCCUCAUUGCCAUAUCUGAGCCAGUGUGUCGACCAGAGCACAUUCACGAGUACAAAUUAACAGCAUAUUCAUUGUACGCUGCUGUCAGUGUUGGUCUUCAGACUCACGAUAUUAUUGAAUACUUGAAGAGACUCAGCAAAACUAGUAUUCCCGAUGGAAUUGUCGAGUUUAUACAGUUGUGCACUCUGUCGUAUGGAAAAGUAAAACUAGUGUUAAAACACAACAAAUACUUUGUCGAGUCCCCCUACCCCGAGGUCCUCCAAAAGCUCCUGAAAGACCCAGUGAUCCAGGAAUGUCGUCUCCGAAAAGCAGUGGAAGAAAGCGACAAAGACGCCCUAAUAACAAGUAUCCAGGGUAAGACCAAAGCCCUCCAGUUCGGAGCCAAGCCCCUCCCCGAGACAACCCCUGGAGCUUCAGUAGCUCAGGACGGGCCGACAGACAUCUCCGAGGUGGCGGCAGUGCCCGAGGACAUAACCACCUUCUACGACAAAAUCGACAAAGAGGACGAGGACGAGGAGGAGGAGCAGCAGCUGAAGAUAGUGAGCUUCGAAGUGAACCAGGAGAAGAUCGAAGUCAUCCAGAAGAGGUGCAUCGAGCUGGAGUACCCACUGCUGGCAGAGUACGACUUCAGGAACGACACAGUGAACCCCGACAUAAACAUCGACUUGAAGCCCUCGGCAGUGCUUCGUCCCUACCAGGAGAAGAGUCUCCGAAAGAUGUUUGGAAAUGGUCGAGCCAGGUCAGGAGUGAUUGUCCUGCCCUGCGGUGCAGGAAAGAGUUUAGUGGGUGUGACAGCCUGCUGCACAGUUCGCAAGCGAGCCCUAGUUCUCUGCAACUCUGGUGUCUCAGUGGAGCAGUGGAAGCAGCAGUUCAAGAUGUGGUCAACAGCUGACGACUCGAUGAUCUGUCGUUUCACGAGUGAAGCUAAGGACAAGCCGAUGGGCUGUGGAAUUCUCGUGACAACGUACUCGAUGAUAACUCACACCCAGAAGAGGUCCUGGGAGGCAGAGCAGACGAUGAAGUGGCUGCAGGAGCAGGAGUGGGGGAUCAUGGUGCUCGACGAGGUGCACACUAUUCCAGCUAAAAUGUUCAGGCGAGUCCUGACAAUUGUCCAGUCCCACUGCAAACUGGGCCUGACUGCCACUCUCCUCCGAGAGGACGACAAGAUAGCGGAUCUGAACUUCCUGAUUGGCCCCAAGCUCUACGAGGCCAAUUGGCUCGAGCUGCAGAAGAGGGGGUUCAUCGCCAGGGUCCAGUGUGCUGAGGUCUGGUGCCCAAUGACCCCAGAGUUCUAUCGGGAAUACUUGAGCUGCAAAAUGACGAGGAAACUCCUUCUCUACGUCAUGAAUCCAAAUAAAUUCCGAGCCUGUCAGUAUCUGAUAAAGUACCACGAGAGGAGGGGCGACAAGACCAUCGUCUUCUCUGAUAACGUCUUCGCCCUGAAGCAUUACGCCAUAAAGAUGAAUAAACCCUACAUUUAUGGGCCCACCAGUCAGAACGAGAGGAUUCAAAUCCUCCAGAACUUCAAGUUCAACGUCAAAGUGAACACGAUUUUUGUGAGUAAAGUUGCAGACACGUCUUUUGAUCUCCCCGAGGCCAACGUUCUGAUCCAGAUAUCCUCGCAUGGAGGGUCUAGGAGGCAGGAGGCGCAGAGACUGGGGAGAAUUCUUCGAGCGAAGAAGGGGGCCAUUGCAGAGGAAUACAAUGCCUUCUUCUACACACUUGUCUCCCAGGACACUAUGGAGAUGAACUACUCGAGGAAGAGGCAGCGAUUCCUCGUCAAUCAGGGAUACGCUUACAAAGUUAUCACGAAGCUUGCUGGGAUGGACGGCGAGCCUGACAUGUUUUACAAGACUAGGGAGGAGCAGGGCCAGCUGCUGCAGCAGGUUCUCUCGGCCAGCGAUACUGAUGCUGAUGAGGAGAAAAUCCCCGGGGAUGGACCUAAAAUUGUUCGGAAGGUUGGAAACUUGGCGUCAAUGUCUGGAGCUGAUGACGCUGUCUAUUACGAGUACAAGAAGUCAGCUUCCUCGUCGACUGCCAACAAGCAUCCAUUGUUCAAGAAGUUCAGGGGGUGAUGUUAAGAUAUUUAUAUUUAUUAGAAAUAAAUUUUUUCAUUUGACAUAAA